AGCGUGCGCGCCGACUCCCACACUUUCUCCGCUCUAGGCGCCCAGGCUCUAAGAUAGAGCGACGGCCAUCAACAGCGGAGGCAGACGGUCGGCCUGCCGUCCGCUUCGGCAUUCUCAGGCCCGAGGCCGGAGCAUGUAGCCCCCAGACGAACUUCGCCCCUCAACGGCCCGCCGCUCGCGCAGCUCUGCAGAGAGAGCGUGGCGGCGGGGUUAGUACCAUUGGUCCGUCGCAGCCCUCUGCCCGCCCCCUCGCUACGCUUAUUGGCCGAAGUGGCGGCGCCCGCCGGGUAGGCGGUGGCGGCGUCCCUCUCUCGCGCCUGCCCUCAAGAGGGCGACGAGGAAGCAGCCGCCUCCCUGCGCCCCGCCCCUUCGGCUAGCUUGCUGGCUCCCGGCUCCUCCCGACGUCUUCCAGCUCCUCACGGCUCUUCCCGGCGCUCUCCUGGCUCCCUCCUGCUCCGGCUCCGGCUCCGGCUCGGCGGCGGCGGGCAGUUGCAGUGGUGCAGAAUGGCUGACCUCAGUCUUGCAGAUGCAUUAACAGAACCAUCUCCAGAAAUUGAGGGAGAGAUAAAGCGGGACUUCAUUGCCACACUAGAGGCAGAGGCCUUUGAUGAUGUUGUGGGAGAAACUGUUGGAAAAACAGACUAUAUUCCUCUCCUGGAUGUUGAUGAGAAAACCGAGAACUCAGAGUCAAAGAAGAAACCAUGCUCAGAUACUAGCCAGGUCGAAGAUACUCCAUCUUCUAAACCAACACUGCUAGCCAAUGGUGGUCAUGGAAUAGAAGGGAGCGAUACUACAGGGUCUCCAACUGAAUUCCUUGAAGAGAAAAUGGCCUACCAGGAAUACCCAAACAGCCAGAACUGGCCAGAAGAUACCAACUUUUGUUUCCAACCUGAGCAAGUGGUCAAUCCUAUCCAGACUGAUCCCUUUAAGAUGUACCGUGAUGAUGGCCUGACAGAUUUGGUCUUUAUCUCCAGUGGAACAGGCAAUUCUUCAAUAUUUACAGGACAAAGUCAUCCCUUGAAAGACAGCUAUGGUAUGUCUCCCUGCAACACAGCUGUUGUACCUCAGGAGUGGUCUGUGGAAGCCUUAAACUCUCCACACUCACAGUCCUUUGUUUCCCCAGAGGCCAGUGCAGAACCUCCUCAGCCAACAGCAGAGCUAGCCAAGGAAAUAGAAAUGGCAUCAGAAGAAGAGAGGCCACCAGCACAAGCACUGGAAAUAAUGAUGGGACUGAAUACUACGGAUAUGGCACCAUCUAAAGAAACAGAUAUAGCUGUCACCAAGGACAUGGCACAAGAAGUGGCAUUGGCUAAAGAUAUGGAACCACCCACCAAAUUAGAUGUGACUCUGGCCAGGGACACACAGCCAUCCAUGGAAUCAGAUAUGGCCCCAGUCAAGGACAUGGAACUACCCAUAGAAACAGAAGUGACCCCAGUUAAGGAUGUCAGAUGGCCCACAGAAACAGAUAUGUCUUUGGCCAAGCAUGUGGUACUUCCCACAGAAACAGGGAUAGCCCCAGCCAAGAAUGUGACACUGUUCAAAGAAACAGAGAGGGCACCUCCUAUAAAAAUGGACUUGGCUCCUUCUAAGGACAUGGAACCACCGAAAGAAAAUGAGGUAGCCCCAGCCAAGGGUUUGGCGUUACCCUCAGAAAUAGAGGUGGCACAGGCUAAAGACAUUAUAUCAUCCUCAGAAACAUCCUCCACUGAGAAAGUGGCUUUGUCCUCGGAAACAGAGGUAGCCCUGGCUAUCGACAUGGCACAGCCCCCAGAAACCAAUGUGUUCUUGACCAAGGAUAAAGCACUGCCUUUAGAAGCAGAGGUGGCUCCAGUCAAGGACAUGGCUCAACUCCCAGAAACAGAAAUGGACCUGGGCAAGCAUGUGGCUCCGUCCACAGAAAAAGAAGUGGCCUCGUUGAAGAAGGACCUAUCUCCACUGUCAGAAACAGAAAUGGCUCUGGGCAAGGAUGUGACUCCACCUCCAGAAACAGAAGUAGUUCUCAUGAAGAACGUAUGUCUGCCUCCAGAAACAGAGGUGGUCCUGACUAAGGACCAGGUCCCAGCACCCAAAACAGAAGCAGCCCUGGCUAAGAAUGGGGUUCUGACCCCGGCCAACAAUGUGACUCCAGCCAAAGAUGUUACACCACUCUCAGAAACAGAGGCAACAUCAGUUCGAAUUAAAGACAUGGAAAUUGCACAAACACAAAAAGGAAUAAGUGAGGAUUCCCUUUUAGAAUCUCUGCAGGAUUCGGGGCAGUCAGCUGCACCUACUUUGAUGAUUUCACCAGAACCCAUCACAGAUAUGGGGGAAAAGUGCAGCUUGCCAGCCAAUGAAGAUUCUGUGUUAGAAAAACUAGAGGAAAAGAAACCAUGCAACAGUCAACCUUCUGAGCUUUCUUCAGAGAUCUCAGCCAACUUCAUGUUUUCCGGUACCCCUCCCACACAAGCCAAACAAGCUUGCAGACCCAGUGACCACAGGUCAGCCCGGCCCAAGCCUGCCAGGGUCCCUCCUGAGCUGCUGGGAGGCCCUCCUCCAUGGAAGACUCUUGAUCACAGGCUGGGCCACUGCUCUUUGUCUGAGUCAGGUUGGGUCUCUAGUUCAUCCUCCUGUGGUGAACCUAGGAACCAAAGGAAAAGUAUUCAUGUUGACUCACUUGAACCCCAGAGGGAUCUUGGCAGGGAGUCCUGGGAUAUAGAAAGCACACCAAUGAUGAUGAAGAAAAAGAAGAAGAAACCAAAACAAAAGAGAUACUCUCAACCCCGGGCUGGAGGACCUUGGAAUGAUGACAAUGCAGAUAAGCCUAAAGGACAUCCCUUUCCAGCUGACACACAAAAAGCAGGUGUUCUUCCCAGCCAACCUACCACUAUGAGUACAGAAUAUGGACUUGUAUCUGGAGAAAACUUGAAAAGGGAAUGUGUAGUUGACUCUAGUGCAGCCAGACUGGUAGCUGAGAACUUUGUCUCAGACAGCCUCAGAAUUCCUUUAUGUCCUUCAGAAGAACCCCCAGAAACUGCAGUAAGUUCUCAGUCCACACUGAGAGGAGAUGAAGAGAGCAAAGGUAACAAGUCAGUACCACAAAGCCAAGACAAGAAAUUGCUGAAGCAACUUGAAUACAAACCACAGCCUGCACCCCACCUGAAGAUUCCUGUAGAUAAAAGCCAGUUAGUAGGCCCUCUAAAUCUGAAAGGGCCCCUAGCAGAAGUUUCAGCAUACAAUGUAGAAACUCAUUUGGAUAGCACACUCAAAGAGAGUUGCUGUCCUCUCUUGGACCAAGAGGUUAUGGGUAUAGUUUUAAAACCCACAGCAGCAAAAGAACUACCAAAUUUGAUAGCAAGUAAUCUAUUAGAAUGUAAUCUAAAAGAAGGGAAUAGUGAAAGCAAAAUGACUAAACUGCAGAAUGUCAAACAGAAAGUGUUUCCUGAAGGAGCUGGAGAGGAUAAAGAACUAAAAAAGGAAGCUUUUCCCAAGCAAAGACAAGAGAUUAGCAUCUUUACUUCUGAGCAGCUGCAGGGCCAAGUGAUGGUACAGGUCCCUGGGCUAGAGAAUGAACCAUUUAAGAGAAUGGCAGGUGAUGGCAAAAGCAGGAAGGGAAGGGGAAGUUCUGGGAAAAUGAGAACAGAUUCUGGGAAGGUAAAAGCAAAAUCUGAGCUGCCGUUUCUUCUGGACAGCCAGAAGGAAGGAAGGGCUGUCCUCAUACAGAGUGAGCCAGUCCCUAAAACUGAAGGAAUGGCUACUCAGGAUAAGAGUGAGGAGCUGGGGCUGAAUUAUUCAAAGCAACCAGGCACUAUGAGUGAUCUCAUGGAGGCAGCAGUGAUAGGGGAGCCUAAAGAAACUACUCAGCUUAAGGUGGCAGACACCCUGCAGGCAUUGAUUCCCUUGGAAAGUAAAUCAGACAUGACUCAGACUUCUGGUGUUAGGACAGAAACAGGAGAUGGAGUCAAAGAUAUGAGUGUCAGUAACCAGAGCAAGGAAGGAAAAUGUCCUUGGAAGGAUCAUGAGACAGCUCCCUGGAUUUCUGAAAAGCCUAAAAAGAGAGGCAAUGAAGGCAAAAGCAGAAAGUUUCGAAAUAAUUAUUCCACACAGCCUGCUAAAAUGGAGAGGAAGGAAGAAAUCCUCAACCCACCUUUUGAAGGAAAGGACGGAGUUGCUGGUAGUAUUCCCCAUAAAAGCAAGGAAUUAGGACUUACUUUCCCCAAAACACAUGAUUUGUUGUUCUCACAUAUAGCAGGUACACCCACAGUCAAAGCAGUUGACAGAAAGUGUGGAAAUGUUGAGGUUAAUUUUGUUGAGCUUGGGACUCUUGAGGAAAGCAAAACAAGUACAGUCAAGGCUUCUGCUGUUACUGAACCAGCUGCCAAGGUGACAGAUGUGAGCUGCCAAGAGCAAAUCCAGGGAGCAGGAUUCGUUCCUUCAGUAGUAUCUGAGGAGAAUGAGACAGAUGCAGCCAAUAGACACACUGCAGUAGCUGACAAACCAAGUAAAAGGAGUAAUGAUGGAAAAAGUAAAAAGGUUAAAAAUAGUUCUCCUGUGAAACACAUUCUGGAGAAUAAGAUAGAUGCAACAAAAAUACAUGUUCCCAUGGAAACCACAGGGGACCAGGGAAUGGAAGGAAUGGCCUAUAUGGACGAAAAUAGAAAUAUUACAUUUACCUGUCCCAGAACACCAUCAGAGCUGUUGAAUAAGUCAUUUCCUCUAGAGGUUCUGAAAUCAGCAGCCUGUGAAAAACUGCCCACUCCUACUUCUCAAGUAGUAAAGGAAAGUGAUUCCUUUCCAGAUACCUUGGCAAAAAAUGGGCAACAGAUAACCCCAACCCAGAUUUCUAAAUCAUUAGUAGUAGAUAACUAUACUAAAGAUGGAGUCCCAGGUCAAGAAAGACCCAAGCCUCCCUCUGCUGUUGUGCCCUCUACAAGCACAGGAGGAGUUGCUCUGCCUAUUACAGCAGCCAUAGAAACAGUUAACAGUCAUGGAGAUAACUCUCUUAAGAAUAAAGGUGAGCUUGCUGAUUCCAUGAAAAAUGAAGCAGGGAUCGAUGAAGGGCAUGUGGUAGGAGAAUAUGAGUCAGUGCACAAUGGUGCAUCUAAGCAUUCAGUAGAGAAAGUCACAGCGCUAGCAAAAGGUCACUUCCUUCCUGGAGUGCCAGUAGAAGACCAGAGCCUACCAAGAGAGGUCGGAGCCCUAGAAGCAUAUGCAGAUAGAGGUAAUUUCCCAGCACAUUUAGUGAACGAAGAGAAAGAGACUAAAGAAGGGUCUGCCCCAGUUCAACUUCCUGACUUACUAGAAGACAAAGCACAAAAGCUCAGUUUUUGUGAGGACCAAAAUGCUCAAGAUAGAAAUUCCAAGGGUACAGAUAGUUUGAAUAAGCAGGUAAAUCUGACUCUUUUGUCUCCAAAAAGUGAAAAUGAUAAAUUGAAAGGGAUUAGUCUGACUUGUAAAAUCAUGGAAUUGGAAAGUGUUUCCUUGCCAACACCAGAAAUCAGGUCAGAUUUCUUACAUAGCAAAGCCGAAGCUCCUCCUUCAGAGGUGGCGGAUAAGUUAGUAAUAAUGACUGCUUCCAAGGGUGUUCGACUCCCGGAACCCAAAGAUAAGAUCUCAGAGACACCUCAGAAAAUGACAGAAAAAUCUGAAUCAAAGACACUGGGAGAAGGGAAAAAGGAAGAUAAAAGCAGAAUGACAGAACCAAUGAAAGGCUACAUGAGACCCACCAAGUCCCGUGGACUUACUCCACUUUUGCCAAAGUCUACAAUCCAGGAACAAGAGAGAUAUAAGCAACUGAAGUCCACUGAAGAAAGCCCCCAAGGUAGAUGUUUCCUGCUCCCAGCAACCCCAGCAGAGAUCAAACAGGAGGUCUGCCUGUCUCAGGCAGCCAGAGAACAGGCCAGGGGAAGGUCUCUCUAUUCUGUGGUUCCAGCAUCACUCAGCCCCUAUGUGCUAACACUGGCUGGCCCAGGAGUAGCCAGGCCAGAAGAAGGAAGGCCUGCUGUGAGUGGGGCUGGAAAUGACAUCACCACCCCACCAAACAAGGAGCUCCCACCAAGCCCAGAGAAGAAAACAAAGCCUUUGGCGUCCACUCAGCCUGCAAAGACUUCAACAUCGAAAGCCAAAACACAGCCCACUUUUCUCCCUAAGCAGCCAGCUCCCACCACCACUGGUGGGUUGAAUAAAAAACCCAUGAGCCUUGCUUCAGGCUUAGUACCAGCUGCCCCACCCAAACGCCCUGCUGUCGCCUCUGCCAGGCCUUCCAUCUUAUCUUCAAAAGACGUGAAGCCAAAGCCCAUUGCAGAAGCAAAGGCUCCUGAGAAGCGGGCCUCACCAUCCAAGCCAGCUUCUGCCCCAGCCUCCAGAUCUGGAUCCAAGAGCACUCAGACUGUUCCAAAAGCCACAACAGCUGCCGCUGUUGCCUCAACUGGGCCAAGCAGUAGGAGCCCCUCCACGCUCCUUCCCAAGAAGCCCACUACCAUUAAGACUGAGGGAAAACCUGCAGAAGUCAAGAAGAUGACUGCAAAGUCUGUUCCAGCUGACUUGACUCGCCCCAAGAGCACCUCCACCAGUUCCAUGAAGAAAACCACCACUCUUGGUGGGACAGCCCCUGCUGCAGGGGUGGCUCCCACCCGAGUAAAGCCCACACCUGUGCCAUCUCGGCCCUCCACAACUCCUUCCAUAGACAAGAAGCCCACCUCGGCCAAGCCCAGCUCCACCACCCCCAGACUCAGCCGCCUGGCCACCAAUGCUUCUGCUCCUGAUCUGAAGAAUGUCCGCUCCAAGGUUGGCUCCACGGAAAACAUCAAGCAUCAGCCUGGAGGAGGCCGGGCCAAAGUAGAGAAAAAAACAGAGGCAACUGCUACAACUCGAAAGCCUGAAUCUAAUGCAGUCACUAAAACAGCCGGCCCAAUUGCAAGUGCACAGAAACCACCUGCGGGGAAAGUCCAGAUAGUCUCCAAAAAAGUGAGCUACAGCCAUAUUCAGUCCAAGUGUGGUUCCAAGGACAAUAUUAAGCAUGUCCCUGGAGGUGGUAAUGUUCAGAUUCAGAACAAGAAAGUGGACAUCUCUAAGGUCUCCUCCAAGUGUGGGUCUAAGGCUAACAUCAAGCACAAGCCUGGUGGAGGAGAUGUCAAGAUUGAAAGUCAGAAAUUGAACUUCAAGGAGAAGGCCCAGGCCAAGGUGGGAUCCCUCGAUAAUGUGGGCCACCUACCUGCCGGAGGUGCCGUGAAGACUGAGGGCGGUGGCAGCGAGGCUCCUCUGUGUCCGGGCCCCCCUGCUGGGGAGGAGCCGGCCAUCUCUGAGGCAGCACCUGAAGCUGGCGCCCCCACUUCAGCCAGUGGCCUCAGUGGCCACCCCACCCUGUCAGGGGGUGGUGACCAAAGGGAGGCCCAGACCUUGGACAGCCAGAUCCAGGAGACAAGCAUCUAAUGAUGACAUUCUGGUCUCGUCUUCCGUCUCCCCCGUUCCCCUCUUGUCUCCCUUGUUCCCCUCUCCCUUCCCUCCUCCCAUGUCACUGCAGAUUGAGACCUACAGGCUGACGUUCCGGGCAAACGCCAGGGCCCGCACCGACCAUGGGGCCGACAUUGUCUCCCGCCCCCCACACUUCCCUGGUGGCCCCAACUCAGGCUCUCGGGUCCUUGGCCCCCUUUCCCGGGCUGUCCACUAGAUCAGUGAGCGCUUAGGUGCCAGGCAGCCAGCGCCAGGCAGCCCGCUAGGCUCGCCUUCCCUCCUGCUUUGCACCCUGGGGCAGCAGCAGCCGCCCCGCCCACACCUCUCACUCCCGGCUGGGCCCAGCUCCCUGCUUUGGUCUUGUCCCAUCACUGCGCCACUGCUCCACGGAGAGGUUGGGAGGGGAUUGGAGUGGCUGAGGCUAAGUUGGGAUCUAGGAGAGGAGAACCAGAUUCUGCCCUCCUCUUUGUCUGGUUCUUUUGGUCCAAACCCAAAAGAAACAUGCCCUCCCUCCCUGGAUCUACCUGGAGGGAAGAGUGGCGGCGGGUUCCAAGUGGUGACAGGACGCUGACCCUGGGGCUUAAGCCACUGCCUCUCCCUUUGGCCUCAAAAAGGCACCCCCCCUCCCCCGCAGGUGGUAUCAGGCCCUUCUUGCUGCCCUGCCCCAAGUUAGGGGCCAGUGCUGUCCCCAUGCUUAACAUACCCACCUAGCUGCUGUCACAUUUUUUCUUUUGUCCUUUUAUUUUUUUUUCUAAUAACCUAAAAACUGGCAAAAUAGUUCUGCAGGUUGAAGCCAUGUCUACGUGAAAGUCCUCAGUAAGUGUUAGAGGGAACAGGGCAAGGCGAUCCUUACGCUGACCCCACUGGAGGAUGUGGGCAGUUAGGGCCCUGGAGGUGGCGUGGCAGGAAGUGCAGAGGCUGUGGCUGGUGACUGGGUCAGGCACACGAGGGGCUCUUAGAGCGGUGACUGGUUGGUUGUUUUGCCAUUUUGUGUGUAUGCUGCUUUUCUUUUCUAACCAUGAGGCUGAUUUUGGCAUCUCUGCCCCAUUCCCUGAAUCUGGUGGUGGUCAGCCCUAGGAUACAAAGCCAGGGCUAGAGAACAGGAAAGGGCCCAGGAGAUGGAAUUCCUUCAGGCCGGCACGCGCAGCCUAGGACACGCAAGCCCUCAUGUCCAGGGGAGCCUCAUGCAGAUAGUGGGAAAUCAGGUCUGGAAAUGUAAAAAGGCAUGAGACUAAGGCCAUCUGCUUCCCUUAAUGCCCUGACUGGAGAGGGGAGGGAGGAGAGGCCAGGCCCGCAAAGGGCGUCCCAGCUAGGCCUUGGGAUGGCUGCAGUGAGAAAUCCUGGGAACUGUAUUGACACAAAGAUUCUUAUUGCACUUGUAUUUUUUUGUAUCAAAGUUUGCAUGGUUUCUAAUAAAGGAUUAAAACAUAA